AUCGCACUGAAAAUGCCACUUCACCGAUGACAGUUGGGGGUUCUUUUGUGGGGUUUGGAUGAAACGACACCGCAUUGCGGAGGGAAUGGCGACUUCGUCGUAUAUCAGAGGAAAAGAAUAACGUUAGUGUCGUCAGGAGGUUCCAGUUAGCCGUUUUACCUUUUAAUUUGCUCUCUCUCUAAAGCAUGUAGAUGCCACCACCACUUUCUCUCUCUCAUAUUCGUUUUCCUUUUCACAGUAUUUUUAGAGAGAGAAAGAACAAAUACCCUUGUAGCCUGGAUCAUCAUUAGAGAGGAACGGAGAGAGAUUUGAAAACACAAAUUUGAAGUUUUUGAAUUCUUAAUACAGAAACCAAUACAGGGAAGAAAUAAUGGGGUCUUCUUCCGGGCAAAGCAGUAGCUACGAUCUCUCCUUCAAGAUCUUGUUGAUUGGGGAUUCUGGUGUGGGCAAAAGUAGUCUUCUAGUCAGCUUCAUUUCCAGCUCUGUUGAAGAUCUCGCACCCACCAUUGGUGUGGAUUUCAAAAUUAAGUUGCUGACAGUCGGUGGGAAGAAACUGAAGUUGACAAUAUGGGAUACAGCCGGACAGGAGCGGUUCAGAACAUUGACAAGCUCUUAUUACAGAGGUGCCCAAGGAAUCAUUCUUGUUUAUGACGUGACGCGAAGAGAAACCUUUACAAACUUGUCGGAUGUGUGGGCUAAAGAAGUUGACCUCUACUCUACCAAUCAGGACUGUGUCAAGAUGCUUGUUGGAAAUAAAGUUGAUAAAGACUCUGAGAAGGCUGUAAGUAGAGAAGAGGGAAUGGCUUUGGCAAAAGAGCUUGGAUGUUUAUUUCUUGAAUGCAGUGCAAAAACUAGAGAAAAUGUGGAGCAAUGCUUUGAAGAGCUUGCCCGGAAGAUUAUGGACGUUCCAAGUCUUCUGGAAGAAGGAUCUACUUCCGGGAAAAGAAAUAUUUUAAAGCAGAAGCCAGAAAACCAGACACCUGCUGGUGUUGGCAGCGGCGGUUGUUGCUCUUGAUAUGAUGCAACGUUGAGGAGGUGAAGAUGAGCCGAAGUAACACUGCUGACGGUACAUAUACCAUGUUCUCUUUGAGAUAUUAUGAACAGAUAUAUGUAAUUGCUGAUAUAUCUUCGCCACCUUUUACUCUUGUUAUUGUGGUUUGCCCCUAGUAACUUGUACCAUCACUCUGGAAAUACCAGCUCCCCUCUUAGCUUGUGUAAAUUGGUUUGCUUUUUCUGUCUUUUAUUGUUUCACCUAUAUUGUUGAAGGGCUACCCCUACCCUACCUUUGAUCGAUGUAACUCAUUCGAGAUAAUCAAUAUCUUGGAUUUUAGUGUGGCAGUGCAGUAAACACUGAUUUCAGGCAUUCAAAUUUUAUGUUAUGAUCAUAUACUCAUA